AUGGCAGAGCUAAUGUUCGGAAUGGGCAUGACCAAGAAGAAGAAGGCCGACAACGCCUACGUCAAAGAGACCAAGGAUGCCCUCAAGAAUGUUAACAUUACAGAAUCAGUCGAAGCUCAAGUCCGGAAGGAACAACACAAGAUGGAAAAGGACUGGAAGGAAGCUGGAAAGAAACAAAUUGAGGAAAACAAAAAUUUCGACAUGGCUCGGGCACUUUUCAACUAG